UUGUGAAGAAGCCCGAAGAAAUGGGGUUAAAUCUGGGCGAUCCGUUCCCGACUUUUACCGUGGACAGUACCGUCGGCAAAAUCGAUUUUCACAACUGGAUGGGCGACAGUUGGGCCAUUCUCUUUUCCCAUCCGGCCGACUAUACGCCGGUCUGCACGACAGAAUUGGCCGCCGUCGCAAAGCUGGUGCCAGAGUUUGCAAAGCGCAACGUGAAGCCGAUUGCGCUCUCGAUCGAUACGGUCGCCUCCCAUAAUGGUUGGAUCGAAGACAUCAAGGCGUACGGACAAUUGACGGCCACCUCCGGCGACAGCCCGUUUCCCUUUCCGAUAAUCGACGAUUCGAGCCGUGAGCUUGCGGUCAAACUAAACAUGCUGGAUCGUGACGAGAUCGGUUCGGCGGGGCUACCGUUAACCUGCCGGGCAGUGUUUGUGAUCGAUGCCAACAAAAAGCUCCGACUAUCGAUCCUUUAUCCGGCCACGACUGGGCGUAAUUUUGGAGAAAUUUUGCGCGCGAUCGACUCCCUACAGCUGACCGACAAAAGGAAGGUGGCCACACCGGCCGACUGGCGACCAGGGGAGGCCUGCAUGGUUCUACCGACGGUGAAGGAUGAUCAGCUCCCAGCACUGUUCCCGGCCGGUGUAACGAGCAUUCCGCUACCGUCCGGUAAAGGGUACUUACGUCGCACCGAGUGUCCAGAAUAGUGCCCGGUCGCAUGUACUUACGCCACUUCGCACACACUUUGCUUAUCUCAUUUUGAAGCUACUUAAAGAAACGACCUACAAUAGAAAUAUACUCGGUAUACACGGCACAAUU